AAGUACGGGGAGUCCCUGCAAGGCCCUGACUUCCCGCCUCCGCGCGGGGGCCGGCUCUCCGCGGGCGCGUUCUUCCGCGGAAUCCACGGGGCGCGCAGGGGGCCCCACCACAACCGGGCAGCGAACGGCGCUGCGCACCCCGUUCUAAACGUCGGCCGGCCGAGACCCGGCGCCAGGCGAGGGCAGUCCAAGGCUCGAGACCGAAGACUGGAGAUCGGAGGUCAGACGGCAGAGGCUUGGGCGGUGCCCGGACGCCUCCCGGGAGACGGGUGCCGUUUCCCAGGGUCGAAGAGUGGGAAGCCCGGUGGCCGGGCGCUUCCUCUCCAUCCUUCAGGCGGGCUCCAGGCCGUGACUGGUGCUCGGCGUGGCUGGACCCAGGGGCAGGGGGCGCCCCAGGACCUUACAGGGGCCCAGAAAAGCCCCAGAGGCGUGGCGAGCAGUGAGGGGCCCAGGACGGCCCCAAAGAGGGCACGAUGCUGCCUGCGACGGCAGCCCCCUCGGUCUCCCUCCGGGAGCUGGCCGACCUUGCCAUCGGCACCCCGGAGGUGGGCGCCGUCAACUUCACGGCCCUGCACACGCUCAUCGUGGCCAUGCUGAAGAACCUCAACCUAGAGAAAGUGCGGAUCGACUUCCAGUCCCUGUUGCCGGAGCAGAGCAGCUCCUUGGAGUCCGCUGGGCCCCCAAGCAGCACUUCCAAGCUAGCUGUGCCCAAAGAGAGACGCAGGAGCAGUGUGGGCAGGGCGCAGCCGCAGGCGCUGGAGAGCCAGGUGAAGGACCUGGGUGGGCAGGUCCAUGAUCUCAGCCGGCAGCUCAAGACCAUGGGGAGCCAGGUGCAGGCCAUUGUGGCCCACGUGCAGCACCUCACCGGUCAGGCAGGCACGCUGGAUGAGAACGCCCGGGACUGGCUGGAGGCGAAGGAGAUGGCCUUGCUGAUGCAGGGAAAGGCAAAAAAAGAGGCCACGAAAACCAGGAAGGACAGCCAGCCAGUCCCCCAGGGCAUGGAGCUGCUCCAAGAAGUCAUGGAAGACAUGAAAAUCCUGAAGGAAGCCCAAAAAAAGGCGAAGGAGUUCCCCGAGUUGCAACCUGAGAAAAUGCUCCAACGGAUUGACGAACUGGAGAAGAUAACUAGAGACCAGGACGAACUCCUGGUCUCAGAGUCAUCAAAUGGACUUCCUAAGCACAAAGCACAGGCUUCCAUAACAUCAAAUGAUACAAUUCCAAGUGGAGCCUUCACCAAGCAUCCCAGUAUUGACCGGACUAUGGAGUCUGCCAGUGGUUUCAGCACAGAUAAGACCUUAUCAGGAACCAGCAUCAUAGAAUACCCCUCUGAUAGGGUUACUGGCAGGGAACGAAGCAGAGGUCCCUCUGCUACUGGGUCUCUUAGUAGAGAUCAGCACUCAAGGGCCCGUGAUGAAGCUGGCCUGGCCAAACCCCAUCACCCCUCUGUGUCCCAAUUCAGAGCAGAGUCAGAUCAUCGCGGGACUAGGGAGCAGGAUGGCUUAGCACAUCUGCGAAGAGAGGAACGAGAGGCACACCUUGGCCCAUUUCAUCAGGACGUAUCCUCAGCCUCCUUGGCCAGAGAUCGGCAUCAUCACUUGUACCUGGAUCAGCACGGGCGAGCGUAUGUUAGCCAGGGUCAGGUCUAUGCCAGCCCAGAGCAGUAUGGAUUCGGACCACUUGGCGUGGAUCAGCUUGCAUCUCGACAUCCUAGCAUUUAUCCACAUGGGGUGGUACCCUUCAAUGUGGGUCAGCUUGGAGUGGUGCCACCCAGAAUGGAUGAGCAGGAAUUGGUACUACCUGGCAUGGUUCAGAGUGAUAUAGUACCACCAUUGGUCCCUGGCAGAGAUCAGCAAGGAUUAGAACUACCUAGUACAGAUCAGCCUGGUACAGUCCCACUUCGCACAUAUAAGCCUGGUGUGAUACUUCCUGGCACAGAACAACGUGGUCUGAAACAGCCUGGCAUGGAUGAGACUGGUAUGGUACCACUUGGCAUGGAUGAGCAUGGAUAUGUGCCUCUUGGCAUCGAUCAGCAUGGAUUUGUAUUACAGCGCAUGGAUCAGCAAGGAUUGGUGUCACCUGGUUUGAUAAAAGUUGCUGCAGAUCAGCAAGGUUUUGUACAGCCCAAUUUGGAAACAUCUGGCUUCAUACAGCCUGGUGCAGGUCAGCCUGGUUUGGUGCAGCCUGGUGCAGGUCAGCCUGAUUUUGUGCAGCCUGGUGCAGGUCAGCCUGGUUUGUUGCAUCCUGGUGCAGGUCAGCCUGGUUUGGUGCAACCUGGUGCGGGUCAGCCUGCUUUGGUGCAAGUUGGUGCAGGUCAGCCUGCUUUGGUGCAAGCCGGUGUAGGUCAGCCUGAUUUUGUGCAGCCUGGUGCAGAUCAGCCUGGUUUGGUGCAGCCUGGUGCAGAUCGGCCUGGUUUGGUGCAGCCUGGUGUAGGUCAGCCUGGUUUGGUGCAACCAGGUGCAGGUCAGCCUGGUUUGGUGCAACCUGGUGCGGGUCAGCCUGCUUUGGUGCAAGUUGGUGCAGGUCAGCCUGCUUUGGUGCAAGCCGGUGUAGGUCAGCCUGAUUUUGUGCAGCCUGGUGCAGAUCAGCCUGGUUUGGUGCAGCCUGGUGCAGAUCGGCCUGGUUUGGUGCAGCCUGGUGUAGGUCAGCCUGGUUUGGUGCAACCAGGUGUAGAUCAGCCUGGUUUGGUGAAGCCUGGUUUGGUGCAGCCUGGUGCAGGUCAGCCUGGUUUGGUGCAAGCUGGUGUAGGUCAGCCUGGUUUGGUGCAGCCUGGUGCAGGUCAGCCUGGUUUGGUGCAGCCUGGUGCAGGUCAGCCUGGUUUGGUGCUGCCUGGUGCAGGUCAGCCUGGAACGUAUCAGCAUGGUUUGGUGCAGUAUGGUGCGGGUCAGCCUGGUUUGGUGCAGCCUGGUGCAGGUCAGCCUGGUUUGGUGCUGCCUGGUGCAGGUCAGCCUGGUGCGGGUCAGCCUGGUGCAGGUCAGCCUGGUGCGGGUCAGCCUGGUUUGGUGCAGCCUGGUGCGGGUCAGCCUGGUUUGGUGCAGCCUGGUGCGGGUCAGCCUGGUUUGGUGCUGCCUGGUGCAGGUCAGCCUGGUUUGGUGCAGCCUGGUGCGGGUCAGCCUGGUUUGGUGCAGCCUGGUGCGGGUCAGCCUGGUUUGGUGCAGCCUGGUGCGGGUCAGCCUGGAACGUAUCAGCAUGGUUUGGUGCAGUCUGGUGCGGGUCAGCCUGGUUUGGUGCUGCCUGGUGCAGGUCAGCCUGGUUUGGUGCAGCCUGGUGCGGGUCAGCCUGGUUUGGUGCAGAUUGGUGCAGGUCAGCCUGGAACGUAUCAGCAUGGUUUGGUGCAGUCUGGUGCAGGUCAGCCUGGUUUGGUGCUGCCUGGUGCAGGUCAGCCUGGUGCGGGUCAGCCUGGUUUGGUGCAGCCUGGAAUGUAUCAGCAUGGUUUGGUACAGCCUGGUGUAGAUCAGCCUGGUUUGGUGCAGCCUGGUGCAGGUCAGCCUGGUUUGGUGCAACCUGGUGCAGGUCAGCCUGGUUUGGUGCAGCCUGGUGCAGGUCAGCCUGGUUUGGUGCAAGCUGGUGCAGGUCAGCCUGGUUUGGUGCAGCCUGGUGCAGGUCAGCCUGGUUUGGUGCAAGCUGGUGCAGGUCAGCCUGGUCUGGUGCAACCUGAUGCAGGUCACGUGCAAUCUGGAGUGGAUCAGCAUGAUUUGUUACAGCCUGGUACAGGUCCACAGAGCUUUUUUCAACCUGGUGUAUCUAUGCCUAGCUUGCUUCCACCAGGUCUGGCACAGCCUAGUGCAUAUAUGUCUAGUUUAGUGCAGCCUGGUGCCUAUCCACGUGGUUUGGUCCAACCCGGUGCCUAUCCACGUGGUUUCAUGCAGCCUGGUAUCGAUCAGCGUGGUUGGGUUCAACCUGUAAUAGAACAGCAUUGGUUGAGGCAACCUGGUAUAGAUCAAGGCUUGACACCACUAGGCACAGAGCUUCAUGGUUUUUCAACAUCUCAUGCAGAUCGUCGAAGUUUUAUAUCACCAUACCCAUACCAGCAUGGUAUGCUACCUCCUGGCAGAGAUCAGUAUAGCCAGGUGUCACCACUCCUGUCAAAGAGUCAAGGCUUGGCAUCACCAGCUAGAGACCAAGAGGGUUUGGUACCAACAGAGACUUACCGACAAGGUUUGAUGCAUCCUGACCCAGACCAGCCUGGCCCAGCACCGUCAAGCACAGGUGUGGGAUCUGCACAGCAGGAUCAGGGGCGUUUAGAAACAUCUGCACCACAUCAGCGUGGCCCAGGGUACCAGGGUAUAGAUCAGCAUGUCCAGGUAGAUUUGAAUCCAGAUCAAACAUAUGACUCAAGCAGACCUCCAGUUUCUGUUCAGACUUCCCCAACCCAGCAGGCCCCCUAUCUCAGGAGCACACAGUCCCUUGACUAUUUCCACCAAGGCUCAUCAGAUAGGAGUGAUAUUCAGAGUGAGAGACACGAUUCACUGGAUAAACUGGCUCCGAGCUUCCCCAUGGCGGUGGAAACGUUUCGUCUGAUGGGAGAGCUUAUAGGCCUCUAUAUGGAGCUAAAGGAGAACAUGAAGGAUCUGGAUGAGGAACAAGCCGGCCAAACCGACUUGGAGAAGAUCCAGUACCUGCUGUCCCUGAUGGUCAAGAAGACCAUACCCGCUGACCUGCUGGAACAGCUGAAGACUUUAAAGACCUUGACCAAAGAAAUUCAGCAGGAAAAAGCAAAAUUGGACCGGAUGAACAGAAUCCUGGAAGGUGAUGGGAAGCAAGAAAUAGGGAAGGAGGUGAAAGCUGGCCAGCUGAGCCUGCAGCUGGGGAUCCUCAGGGUCACUGUGGCUGACAUUGAGAAGGAGCUGGCAGAGCUGAGGGAGAGCCAAGAGCGGGGCAAGGUCAGCAUGGAACAUUCAGUCUCCGAAGCCUCCCUUUACCUGCAGGAUCAGUUAGACAAGCUCAGGGCAAUCAUCGAGAGCAUGCUGACCUCGUCCUCCACACUGCUGUCUAUGAGCAUGGCCCCUCAAAAGGCCCCAACACUCCUGGCACCUGGCCAGAUUGACCCUGAGGCCGCCUGCCCAGCCUGCAGCCUGGACCUGAGCCACCAGGUCAGCACGCUGGUGCAGCGCUACGAGCAGCUCCAGGACAUGGUCAACAACCUGGUUGCCUCCCGACCCUCCAAGAAGUCCAAGCUGCAGAGCCAGGAUGAAGAGCUGCUGGGCCACAUCCAGAGCGCCAUCCUGCAGGUGCAGGGCGACUGUGAGAAACUCACUGUCACCACCAGCAGCCUCAUCAAGGACCAUCAGCAGAAGCAGAAGGACAUUGACGUGUUGUACCAGGGUCUGGAGAAGCUGGAGAGGGAGAAGGCCAACCGGGAACACCUGGAGAUGGAGAUUGACAUGAAAGCCGACAAGAGUGCCCUGGCAGCCAAAGUGAGCCGUGUCCAGUUUGAUGCCACCACGGAGCAGCUGAACCACAUGAUGCAGGGGCUGGUGGCCAAGAUGAGCGGGCAGGAGCAGGACUGGCAGAAGAUGCUGGACAAGCUCCUGGGGGAGAUGGACAGCAAGCUGGACCGCCUGGAGCUGGACCCAGUGAAGCAGGCACUGGAGGAUCGGUGGAAGUCAUUGCGACAGCAGCUCAAAGAGCGCUCUCCACUCUACCAGGCAGACGAGGCAGCUGCCAUGAGGAGGCAGCUCUUGGUGCAUUUCCACUGCCUCUCAUGUGACCGUCCCCUGGAGACACCUGUGACUGGACAAGCCAUCCCCGUGACUCCCGUGGGCCCAGGCCUGCCGGGGCACCGCUCCGUCCGCCCCUACACGGUCUUUGAAUUGGAGCAGGUCCGGCAGCAGAGCCGCAGCCUGAAGCUGGGCAGUGCCGCCUUCCCCCGGGGUGACCUGGCUCAGAUGGAGCGGAGCGUGGGGCGCCUGCACAGCAUGCACUCCAAGAUGCUCACGGACAUUGAGAAGGUGCAGAUACACUUUGGGGGCUCGGUCAAGGCCAGCAGCCAGAUGAUCCGAGAGCUGCUGCAGGCCCAGUGCCUCAGAUCCCCCUGCUACAGACGGCAGCCAGAUAUGGCCGAUCACACCUACUCGCCAGUGUCCCGGCACUGCGGGGGCAGCCACACGCUCACCUACCCCUACCGCCGCAGCCGCCUACAGCACCCACUGCAGGGCCUGUACCCCCCGGAGGAGGUCCAGAUCGCCAUGAAGCACGACGAGGUGGAUAUCUUGGGCCUGGAUGGACAUAUUUACAAGGGACGGAUGGAUACAAGGUUGCCGGGCAUCCUCAGCAAAGAGAACUCAGGAAUUACAAAGCACAAGGCCAAGCAGUCCCGGCCCCAUGUCCGCCAGCAGCGGUCCCUCAGUGACAGCAGUCAUCUGCCCUCCCGGCCUCAGAGCGCUCAGAUGCUGGCUGGCAACAACUCAGCUCCUCCUCAGCAGCGGAAAGACAGGCCCGUCUCCUCAGAGGGGCGCCUCUCCCAGCCGAACAUGGCCCUCCUGCCCAGCCCCAGCGAGAAGGCAGACCUGCCGGCAGGGCUGGAGAUGCACCUGGACGUGCCUCCCGGGGAGGGGCUCGAGGAGCCCACCCGGGGGCCGCGGUCUUCCACUACUCACCUGGCGGAGCUAUAAAUAAAUGUUU